AGCAAAUGACAGAGCUCGAAUUUAAGUGUUUCAAUUGCCUUUGUCUUUACAAUCUAAAUUGGUUGGUUUAAUAAGCUUAUUUUUUCCAGGCAGACCUUGGUGAAUAAAUGGUAUUAAUUCAAUUUUGUAAGAUAUAUAUCUUCCUUCUACAGCAUAAGAAUUUCAGGAUUGCUACUGACUACAAGCUCUAAAACAGUGUUGUUAUGUUGUGCAGUUCUAUGAGAAUGACUUUUUACUUCGGUGUGGCAUGGAUUCUUCUUAUUUCACUAAGUCUGGGAACUGGCAUGUAUUAUGCAGAUUAUGACGAUGAUUAUUAUAAUGAACACAGAGCACUAGAUCUAUUCAAAACAAUGCAAAGGCGAAAUUAUUACCAACUGCGACAACCCACGUGCAAUGGAUGGAAUAACCACUGUUUACCUUGGUCAUCCCAGGUCCAGCAUAGUUGCUGUAGCGGACUUUCUUGCAAGUGUAAUCUGUGGGGACAGAACUGCAGGUGCACGACGAAGCUGUGGGGUCGAUGACCGACUAAGCCUUGGCACAUAAUCAUGUUAGACAAAUAUGCUUAUGAUAUUACGGUUUAAAUGGAUUUCGUUUCAGAAUUCUUCAUGCUCAAGAAUAAAUAUUAUAACCAA